AUGGUGAACGUACUCGAGGACGCUGCAUCUGCCUUUUCAUCUUUUACUGGGACCUACGAGAAGGAAGAUCAAGACUCGGCAGUACUUCGAUCGGGUCUGCCCGAGGGAGAAAAGGAAAACGCAAAAGAAACCAUUCGUGACUUUUUUCUCUCCACCCUUCGUAUCCCAGACUCGUCGGUCUCAGCCAUGAAAUUCUACGCUGUACAUAGGCUCCCUCGUCCUCGUAUUCCGGAGAACGCAGACCCCGAGGAUCCUAGAGUGAAAUUUCGCCCGAUGAUGGUCGCUUUCCUCUCCGUACAAGAUAGGGAGGUGGUUCUUUCUAAUGGAGGUAUGCUGGCAGGCAAGAAAAUAUCUAUGAAAAUUGACCUUCCAACCCCUCUGAGGGAGAAACGGAGACGCUUGGAGGGGAUUGCCUACAAGUUGCGCCAAGAGCAGCACCAGGGUGGUCUGCCGGGCCCCCCGCAGGGCGGGAAUGCCUCCAUCGAGCUCGCCCGGCUUCCCGGUGGGAGGCGAACGGUUUUCCCUCUGGAGGUUCUCAUCCGGUCUCGCUCGUUUGGGAGCUCCAACAAUUUCCGUGUCCUUGAAGAAUGCCGAUUCCAUUUGGCACAGCAACGUCGCCUCAACAUCGAGCAUGUUGCCUUGUUGCUGUGCGGCGUGUUCGGUGCCCUGGAGGGAUACCCCCAACGCUACGGACAAGGCGGGUUCGGGGGUGCACCGUACGGAGGUGGGAUCGGGGGUGCACCUCUCGGCGUACCCGCUGGAGUCGGCGGUGGGUCCACCGGCGGCGGGUUCGGCGGGAGCUUCGGCGCCAACGGCCCCUUCGGCGGCUUCGGCAACAACUACGGCGGCGGUUACGGGGCCACCUCGGGCGGGGCCGGCGGCGGCGGCCUCGGCGGCGGCUCGACCGGCGGCGGCUUCGGCGCCACCUACGGCGGCCACUCGCCCAUCGCCGGAGACUUCGCCGGAAGCAUCGGAGGCGAGUGCCCUCGACCUUCGAGCUCCUCGGACGAGCGACCGGAUCCUCGUCCGGCGGGAUCGGCCGUCGAUGAAGCAAGAAGCUCCUUCAGACUCUCCGCGAUCCAAUUCGCUCGCAUUCGCGACACCUGCCGGAAUAAAUUCAUUCUUGCUUCCAACGCAUCGUCUCCGUCUCCUCGGAUGCGCGAUUCCAUCGACCGCGUGAGAAACCGAUCGAACGAAAUCAUGGCAGAACAUCCUCCUGCAAAGGACGACGUCCCUUCCUCCCUGCCUUCAUCUGCCCUUUACCACCUUCGAUCUUUUCGACGUGGCCUUCAAGGUCGCCCCGAGGAGAGCCACGGCGCCGCGCAGAAAGCCCGCGCCGUACGCGCAUGCGCGUUGCGAUCUGCAUCCUUCGAGGCCUUCCCCUCCCUGACCAAAUCUCAAAUCCCAAAUUUGCAACGAUGA